AUGUUGCUCUUUGUCCUUCUUUUUGUGGCUUUAUCACAAGCCGCAGCAGCAGCUUCGAAGGAAGCCCCCAAAGAAGUUCCCAAGGAAGAAGCAAAACAAGCUCCAGAAAGCAUCAAAGACCUUCAAUUUGAGAUGUUUACAUUGAACAACGAGUUCUAUGGAUCUUUCAUAGACCACGAAGACACUGUUUUUGUGAAGUACUACGCGCCAUGGUGUGGUCACUGUAAAGCACUUAAACCAAUUUACGAGCAACUUGCAAAGGAGAUGCACAACAAACUCAAAUUUGCAGAAGUGAAUUGCGAAGACUCGAAAGAAAUCUGCGAGAAGGAAGAGGUCCAGGGCUUCCCCACACUUAUUCUCUUCAGAAAAGGAAGAGCCAAAAAGGUGUAUGGCGGUGAGAGAAAUUUGGAGGCGAUGAAGAAUUGGUUGGAGUCUGCUGCGAUGCCCCCAGUAAAGGAAUCCAACAAAGAAGAGAUCGAAGAGCUUAAAAAGAAGGACUUACCUUUCUUGGUUGUCAGAAGUGAGGCAGACGACCCCAUCAGAAAGAGACUUGAGGAUAUAGUUGAUGAAAUGGAUUACAUGCACUUCUAUGCGUUGAACUCGGAUAUUGACAAUUUUGAGAUUGAGGUAUUCAACGGUGAUACAAAAGAAAGUUUUGUGUAUGAAGCGCAGACCAACGCCACAUUUGAAGAGAAGAAGUUUAUGAAUUGGGCUAAUAUCAAAACGUUCCCAUUGUUCCAUCAAGUUAAUAUGCCAUUAUUCAAAAGAAUAGAGUCUAUGGACGUCUACGCUUUAUGGUACUUCUACCAAACUAGCAUUCCAAAAGUACACGAGGAAAUGUUUAGAAAACUUGCAAAGAAGUACGAAGGAUCAUUUGUCUUCUUCUCGUUCAACAAAGUCAUUUCGGAAGACCAAGUGAAAUCCCUCCACCACACCGGGAAUGUGUACCCUGCUAUUUCUAUUAUCCACAAAAAUAAGAGAAACAUCUAUGCUAUGAAUGAAGAGACUGAAAUCACCGAGGAAAGUGUGACUAAGUAUCUUGAAGAUGUCUUGUCGGGGAAUGAAAAACCAACGUACCACAAGAGCAAACCAAUUCCAGAAGAAAAGCAAAAGGAAAUUUAUAAGUUAACUGGAAAUAACUUUGACGAGUUUAUCGCAACAAAAGGAGUUGAUAAAUUGGUCAUUUUCUGUGUCGAGAGAGUCGAGGUGUGCAAGUAUUUCUUGUCGACCCCACUUAAGAGAGUCUCGAAAAGAUUGAGCACAGUUCCUUCAUUUAAGGUCGCGUGGAUUGACGCCUCCACUGAUGACGUUGGACCUGAAUGGAACUUGAAUAUCGUGCCAAAAUUGUAUUUGGUUUCUGAGAAGGAUGGAGAGACUAAAACUCUUGAAAUGACUGAUAUGCCAAGUGAAGAAAAUACUAUGAAGUUUUUACAUGAAAAUGCUCUUUAUAAGUUUGAAAUGCCAGCACCACUCCCCGAAGAAAAGAAAGAAGAGAAAAAAGAAGAAAAGGAAGAAAGUGAUACUGAAGAAGAGGAGGAUGACGAAGAAGAAGAAGACGUUGAUGAAGAUGAAGAUGCAGUUAACGACGAAGAAGUUCAUACAGAAGAGAAAAAAGAAGAGAAAACUGAGUUAUAA